CCUAUGUGGUCCUUUUGCUCAAUCGAGUUUUAACCAAUCACAACACUUCAUAGCCUAUAGCAUUUCCCUUAAGAAGUUGCAGCAAGUCCAUACAGGUCGAUCGCUGGGAAAGGCUUGAUAAGCUUGAUCAAAUGCACAGAGCUGUUGGUUACCGGAGCAAGCGAAGUUGAGAGUUUGUGGGUAGGGUGCACGGACAUGGGAAUGAAGGGAGUGAGAAAUUUAAGUCGAAAGAUCUUCAAAAACGUUUGCAAACGUGAUGGAGAUCUCUGGAGAUCAUACGAGGACGCUUGCAAGAAUGAUAAGGAUUUCCUAACUGAACUGGGCAAAUUCCUAGAGUCGUAUGAGAAAUGUUUGAUUCAAAUUAAGAAGGUGAAAAGCAACGACGGAGGAAUUGAUGAUGGUUACAUGAGGAUUUUGGAGAAAUUGAAGAAUGUCAAGGGGGCCUCAGGUAGAAUCUAUGAUCAGCAUUUUGCACAUCAAAAUUUGCUUGAAAAGGUUAAACGUUUGAUGACGCAGCGAGAAGAUUUGCAUGAAGAAUUGACAGACCGAAAAGAAAAGCCUCGCAAGAAGUAUGAUUGUACUCGCACUUGGAGACGCUGUUUGAGGAUGGUCACUCAUAUAUUGUUCAUUGGUGCUGCAGCUGCUGAGUUUGCCUGCACAGUUGUGGCGGCAGUUAUGGCUGCUCCACUUGUUGCACUGGCCAUUGCUGCUGCUAUUAUCCCAACACUAGCCGGACAGCAUUGGACUGUGUCCUGGAUUGAAGAUUCUGAAAUUCCUUUAGAGUAUUCUGACUCUGUAAUUCGCUUAAUGCAAUCCGGAACUGUCCUUUCCAUUAAGGAUUUGGGAGAAAUUCAGACGUAUCUCUGUGGUGUUGUAAAGGACAUAGAAUCACUCUUAUCCCAUCUCAAUUUUGUAAUUGAGGAAGAUGAAGAUAUCAAUAUGAAAAUUAUUGAGCGUCUUCUGAAGGACAUUAAUGAGUUGAAGGAAAGAGCAAGGAAUAGCAAGUCCAAGAUAUUGGAGGCAAGCGAUGAGGUUUCUAAGAAGAUAAUCUUGAGCAGUUAAGGCCAAUCACAAAAGAGGUCAAAAUAGCUCCUAUAUAUAUUAUAUUGUUUAAGGACACAUAGUUUGUGUGUCUGGCCCAAACUCUAAUUACUUGCUGGAGUUGUAAUAAGGUUAGUCUUACGGAUAUCUAUUGAGAUAUUUCAAUCAUUGUAUGAUUUUGUUACCUUGUAAGACGCAGAUUCUUUGCUUGUAAUCCUCUAUAUAAAGACGUCCAUAUUAUCAAUGAAAGUACAACUCAUUCAC